AUGAAUCGCGUCUACUUGUUGUCGCUGUUGGCAUCAUUUGUCAUCGCCGACCAGAUCACUCCCCAGUUGAACAAGCCCAUCUCCGGAGGCGAGUUCACUUUCUACGGAGCCUCAGGAAGAGGGGCUUGUGGUCUGGAUGUGCAAAACUUGUCGGCCGCGGUGUCUGGAAGCCUCUUCGACUCCAAUGGUCAAUGGGUGCCCUCGAAUCUGCCUGACGGAAGAUACAUUUUGGAUGACCCAGUUUGCCGAGGCAUCUGCGUCCAGAUCGAGUACAAGGGAAAAACGUAGGUGGCUGGAGGGAAAAGGAGUGGAUAUUCUGAAGCCUGGAGUCGAAAAUACACGGCUUUUCAAACAGGUCGCUCAUAAGAUAUCCCCGAACUUUGAUGCCGGUGAUCGUAAAAGGAAGUCUACACUGAUUCUCCCAAAAUAAAUUUUUCCAUAUAGCAAUCAAAAAGUUAUGGUCAAAAAUUUGCCGAAUCUACAAAACUUCCUCGAUCAUUUCAGUGCUGUUUUCCCCGCCGACAACAAAUGCCCCGAAUGUGCUGUGGACCACGUCGACCUCUCCACGGACGCGUUCCUCAUCCUGGAGCCAGCCGGAGGAACCGUCGGAAUCGCGAAGCCAGCCACCAUCACGUAUCUGUUCUGCAAUCAGACCUCCGUCACCAGCGCCCCGAGCGCUGGCUCCAGCGCUAGUCCUAGUGCCAGUUCCACCGCUAGCCCUGCCAGCGGAUGUUAA